CUCGUCACUUGAAGUGGUAAAGGUGUCAGACUGUAUCAUUGUCCGACGAUUGGCUGAGAGUUUCGAUGGCUGGUCGCAGCGUACGCGUCUUCACGGUGGCAAAUGAAUCUCGCUAUGUGGUGGUGCGUAACGUGCCGGCUCUUGGUGUGAUCGAGGACCUGCUCAAGCGACUCAGUUUGUACGGGAAGGUCUGCGAGUAUCGAUUAUUGGAUCACGCGGACGACCGAGAGGCGGCGCUGCAGUUCGAGGAUGCAUCUAACGACGACAGUGAAUUUACCGACACGGUCUGGGUGCAAUACGAGACCGUGAACAACGCACGUCAUGCCAAGGCACGAGGUGUGCAGAAGCCAUUUUACGGCAAUAAACUGCAGAUGUCUUACGCGCCGCAGUUCGAGUCUCGAGAAGACACGGGUGAUAAAUUGGCCCAAAGACGGCAACUGUUGCAGCGUCGUGCUCGACCUAAUGUUUAUCGUGCUGAGAAGAGAUCGACAACGUGGACUCCACCACUGCCGCCUCCACUUCCUCCUCCUGGUGGUGCUAAAGAUACGUCUGCAUUUAUUGGACCCCAAUUGCCAUCAAGGCCUCAACAAUUCGUGCCAAGGCCACUCCAGACAUCACCCAGACCGCAAUACUCGAUGGAUAGACCACAACAAAAUACAAAACGCCGUCGUAUAUAAAGUGAAUUCUACACAAGUUGCUUAAACUGACGGCGCAUGGAGCGAAUGAAAAGCGCCAAGUCCCCGUUCUCGUUAAGAUCCGUCACGAGUUGGUUCAGCGAAGCCACGUUUUCGCUACAGGCGUCCACUGCAGUACGACAAAAGUCAGUAAAUCUUUCAAUAACAGCAAAAUAGCCACCACCUUUAAGCUCACCAAUAUAUCGAUCGGUGAUGGGGUCGAUCGUGAUCCGGAAUGAGAACUCACGACUCGGAUUCUGAGCGUCGAUCUGCGUGAAUCGCACCACAAUGCGAUCCGCUGCACAGCAAAUAAAUAUCCAGUUAUUUUCCGG